CGCUAGUCUGCGUCAGGUGAGAAGGUUUGACGAGGCACGUAGCAUUAAGUUAUCCAAUUACGUGGGCAGGGUCCCACCACCAACUAAUACACGUUGGAUCUAGAAGCAAAUGCCACUUGUAUUCCGGUCAAACCAAACUAGCUGACCGUAUCCCGAAUGCGUUCGUCGAAAGUUCCCGCGACGUCGGGAUACGCCCCUCUUCACAAACCGUCCGAUCGAGAUCCGACAGUCAACAUCGAAUGAAUUCUUCCGCUGGUCAAGAUCGCGUCCCCUCCCGCGUCAUCGAAUUACUUCAUUUUUGGACUCCCGAAAAGCCAAAUCGCUACAAAAGCUGAACCUCCGGAUUCUUUCGGCUCGGGGAUUGCGGUCGGCGCUGGUUCGGAUCGUGUUUUUGUUUCCUUUAGAGGUUGGGAUUUCUUCUGGCCUUCAAUAUUCGUCUCGAGCCGCUUCGACCUUUGAUUUCGGGGAGGAUUUGAAAUGGCGGCGAGCUUCCAACAAUGGGAGAAGGAUCCUUUCUUCUCCGCCGCCGAUGAGGUGCAGGAAUCCGCCGAUAGGAUGGAGUCGCUUUACCGUUUGUACAUCCAGGAGCGGAAUAACGCAGCAAAGGCUACCACGGGAGUCGAAUUCGCAUCCGGCGAGCUCCGUAGAGAGCUUCGCACGGCUCUUGGGACCGCAAAGUGGCAGCUCGAGGAAUUGGAACGGGCUGUGAGAUCGAAUGAUGAUGCAUGCUCAGCGGGAGAAGACACGAGAGUUCGGCAUGACAAAUUCAUCGUGGCUAUUCGGAGUCAGAUAUCCAUGGUGGAAGAUUGUUUGAGGCAGUCCAAUUUGGAGCUGGGUGAGACUGCUGUCGCGUGGGUCCGUUUGAAUGACGGAGAAAGGGAUGAGCUUGCACGUUUUCUAUCUGGUCCACUGCAAGCCGAAGAUGUGCCCAAGUUUUCUUCGUUUGGUGGCGUUGAAGUCGGGAACAGUACUGUUGAUAUGAAUGGAGAGGCUUCCAUUGACUGUAUGAAGAAUUUCUCUUGCCAAUCAAGUGAGUCUUGUAGACGGGAGACCAGGGAUGAGAGGUUGCAUGGUCAUGCAUCAUGUGCCACAACUGAUGUUGGAUCAUGGGCCAUUGGGAUCCCUGAUGAGGGUGAGGAUACAUCUGGGAGAUUACCCGAUGAUAGACCUAAUUUCGUAUCCCGAGCGAUUUUUAGUUCUGCUGCAUUAUCAGACGCUUUGGAAUCAACACCUAGGAUGAGGUGGCUUAGAAAUGGACUUGGGAAUUGGAGAGGUCGAUUUCAACAUAGUUUGGUGGGAUACAUCCCAUUGAAAAAUGAUCAAUUAGGUCAGGAAAUCAAUGCAUGUUACGGAAGAAGCAAGAGCUGCCUAAGAUACUGUAGAGAGGAUAUUAAUGAUAAGCAGCUUUAUGGGUGUCUUGGAGCUUUCCAGAGACAACUGCAAAGGUCCCAGUAUCAAAUUCAGUAUGGCCGUCCUAUCCAAAUUAUUCUUUGGGCAACACUUGCUGUUACCUUGAUGGUGACUUUUGUGCGGUAUAUUGGCUAGUGAUUGCACAAUGGUAUUUGGAUCUGGUACAUGCGACUUGGAUGCUUCAGCGGUGGCUUCAUUCUGUGGUACAAAACUGAAGCUGACACUUUCUGGACAAAAUUUGCUGCAGACUUUGGGAGCAGUUUCACUGUGCAAUCAAUCUGCAGCUCAUU